AUGACGCACGCACCCUCCAAUCCCAACCCCGGGCCCACCAUCACCACCACCACCACCACCACCACCACGGGCUCCAAACCCGAUCCCGAAACCGACUUCCUCCUCCAAAGCUACACCCGCCUCCGCCACGCCAUCGCCACCACCACCACCACCACGUCAUCAUCAUCAUCCCCCCCAAUCCUCCCCACCCCGCAAACCCUCACCACCGCCCUGACCUCCCUCCCCUCCCCCUCCUCCCCUCGCUACCUCCAACCGCUCGGCGCCGCCCAGACGCACGCGCACCUGCUCGCCCACCUCCUCCCGGCUCUCAACCGCCAGUCGCUCUCGCCGCGCUACUUCGGCUUCGUGACCGGCGGCGUCCUGCCCAUCGCCGAGGCCGCCGACAACCUGGUCUCGGCGCUGGACCAGAACGUGCAGGUGCAUUUUCCCCCUCCUCCUCCUCAGAAGGAGAAAGGGGAGGGGGGGGGGGAGGGGGAGGGGGAGGAAUGGGUGCACUCGGCCUGCACGGCCGUGGAGGACGCGGCGCUGGGGAUGGCGGCGGGCUGGCCGGGGCGGACGUUCACGACGGGGGCGACGGCGGGCAACAUCCUGGGGCUGGCGUGCGGGCGGGAGGCGGUGGUCAACGCGCGCGCGGCCGGCAAGGGCAAGGGGGCGACGGUCGCGGAGGCGGGCCUGCUGGGCGCGUGCCUGGCGGGCGGCGUGCGCGAGGUGCAGAUGCUGACUAGCAUGGGUCACUCGUCGCUGAGCAAGGCGGCGAGCGUCGUCGGGCUUGGUCGGGGGUGUGUCAAGGAGUUGGGGGUGAGUGUGGCCGAGCCGUGGCGGUUGGAUUUGGAUGCGGUGGAAAGGGAGUUGCGGAGGGAGGCGGACGGGGUGGUGAGUAUUGUUGUGGUGAGUGCCGGGGAGGUGAACACGGGGCGGUUUGCUACUAAUGUGUUGGAUAUGCCGAAGCUGAGGAGCUUGGCGGAUCGGUAUGGGGCGUGGAUCCAUGUUGAUGGCGCAUUUGGCAUUUUUGCGCGCGCCCUACCCAAGACGGACGAGUAUCUUGGUCUGCAUGCGAAUGUUGCUGGUCUGGAACUGGCUGACAGCAUCGCGGCCGACGGACAUAAGCUUUUGAAUGUGCCCUAUGAUAACGGCAUCUUUCUCUGCCGGAACGCCCCCGUCCUCACACAGGUCUGCAGUAACCCCAACGCCGCGUACCUCGCAUCCACCGGUGGCCCCGAUUCCAUUUUGAGCCCGCUAAAUAUCGGCCUUGAAAACUCGCGCCGUUUCCGUGCUCUGCCGGUGUACGCUGUCCUGUUGAGCGAGGGUAGGGAGGGGAUGGCAGCUAUGCUGAGCCGAAUGGUCCUCCUCGCGCGGGAGAUUGCUGCAUUCGUGCGGGAUUCGGACCACUACGAGUGGCUACCGAGCGAGGAUGCGUCGUUGGAGAGUACAUUCAUCAUCGUGCUGUUCCGAGCCAAGAACGCCGCCUUGAACGAGGUGCUAGUUGACCGGAUCAACACGACGGGCAAGAUGUUUGUCAGCGGGACCAAGUGGGAUGGAAAAAAGGCUGUUCGCAUUGCCGUCGGGAGCUGGCGUGUCGACGUCGAGAGGGAUACGGCGGUUAUCAAGGAGGUAUUGACUGGUAUUGCCGAGGGUCGGGAGUAA